AGCUAAUAUGCCCUUGUCCGUGUGUCAGCAUAACUUAGGUUCUGAACAAGCAAACAACUUGGUCCUCUAUCUUGGCUUUUCGUCACUUGUUCCUACGAAUGCUUAUAAACAUGCAAGGCUUGUUUUGACCCCUAGAGAAAGAAAGUGCACUACCCAUGUCAUUUGCCAAGCUAAAAAGUCCAAGGAGGAGCUGUUGGUGGUUGUUGGGGGUGGAGCAGCUGGUGUGUAUGGAGCAAUUCAUGCCAAGACUGUGGCACCUCACCUCAGUGUGGUGGUUAUUGAGAAGGGAAAGCCUCUCUCCAAGGUGAAAGUUUCAGGAGGAGGCCGGUGCAAUGUGACAAAUGGUCAUUGUACUGAUAAUAUGAUUUUGGCAGAAAACUAUCCAAGGGGACACAAGGAAUUGAGAGGAUCUUUCUUUAAUUUGCAUGGCCCUGUCGAUACCAUGUCUUGGUUUGCCUCUCAUGGGGUGGAACUGAAGAUUGAGGAUGAUGGUCGGGUAUUUCCUGUCAGCAAUUGUUCUUCUUCAAUAAUUGAUUGUCUCAUGUCUGAAGUAAAGCGAAGAGGAGUUUCUGUGCAGACCAGAAAAACUGUAACAGCAGUGUCUGUUUUAUAUAGCAGCAAAUUCCUUCUUGAGGUUGAGCAGCAACCAGCUGAUCGUGUUGAACAUGUUGAAGCUGAUUAUCUAUUGAUUGCUAGUGGUAGUAGCCGACAGGGUUAUACUCUUGCAUCUCAGCUUGGUCAUUCAAUUGUAGAUCCAGUGCCGAGCUUAUUUACUUUCAAAAUUGAAGAUUUACGUUUGAGGGAGUUGUCUGGGGUUACAUUUCCUAAAGUUAAAGUGAGGCUAAAAUUAGAUAGUGUCCAAAGGAAUAUACCUCAGCUUACACAGGUUGGUCCCAUGUUAGUUACGCACUGGGGACUCAGUGGGCCGGUCAUCCUUCGGUUAUCUGCUUGGGGUGCUCGUUAUCUGUUCAGUUCAGGUUACAAAGGGAGACUUAUUGUGGAUUUUAUCCCUGAUCUGCAUAUAGGAAGUUUGAAGUCCAUUCUUUCUCAUCACAAGCAUCACUUUGCGAAACAAAAAGUACUCAAUUCGUGUCCUCCUGAAUUUGGUAUAUCAAAAAGAUUUUGGAGCUAUGUGUUGGAACGGCAGGGUUUAAGUGGAGAUAUCUUGUGGGCUUCCAUUUCAAAUAGUUCAUUGAUGUCCAUUGGUUCUUUGUUAAAGGACUGCAUAUUUGAAGUUACAGGCAAGGGUCAAUUUAAGGAUGAAUUUGUUACUGCUGGUGGUGUUCCCUUAUCAGAGAUUUCACUUAAUACAAUGGAAAGCAAAAUUUGCUCAAAUCUGUUCUUCGCUGGAGAGAUACUGAAUGUUGAUGGGGUAACUGGUGGUUUCAAUUUCCAGAAUGCUUGGUCCGCAGGAUUUAUCGCAGGAACCAAUAUUGGUGGAUUAGCACUUCGCCUUUAUUUAGGUUCAUAGUUGCAUUCUUUUUUGGGGCAACUUGGUUUUUCUUUUUUGGGGGUGCAAGUGAACAAGUAUAUUUGUCUUGUUCUUUUUGGAUGUACUUUUCUUUUUUCUAAUCAUAGACAUAGUUU